CCGCCUUCCGGAGCGCGAACAUGGCCACCCCGGCGACGUGCACCCGCUUCACCGACGAGUACCAGCUCUACGAGGAGCUCGGCAAGGGAGCCUUCUCCGUAGUCCGCAGGUGUGUGAAAAAAUCCGCUUCCCAGGAAUACGCUGCCAAGAUAAUCAACACCAAGAAGCUGUCGGCCAGAGAUCAUCAAAAACUGGAACGCGAAGCUCGGAUUUGCCGACUACUAAAACAUCCGAAUAUCGUGCGGCUUCAUGAGAGUAUUUCGGAGGAAGGAUUCCACUACCUCGUCUUUGAUCUGGUCACCGGCGGGGAACUCUUUGAGGAUAUCGUUGCCAGGGAAUACUACAGUGAAGCAGACGCCAGCCACUGCAUUCACCAGAUUUUGGAGAGCGUCAAUCAUAUUCAUCAGCAUGAUAUUGUACACAGGGACUUAAAGCCGGAGAACUUGCUACUGGCCAGCAAGUGCAAGGGCGCGGCGGUCAAGCUGGCGGACUUUGGCCUCGCCAUCGAAGUGCAAGGGGAGCAACAGGCCUGGUUCGGAUUUGCUGGCACACCGGGCUACCUGUCCCCUGAAGUCUUAAGAAAAGAUCCUUAUGGAAAGCCGGUGGAUAUCUGGGCGUGUGGAGUUAUUCUGUAUAUAUUACUCGUGGGGUACCCACCCUUUUGGGAUGAAGAUCAGCACAAGCUCUAUCAGCAGAUCAAAGCAGGGGCCUAUGAUUUUCCAUCUCCGGAGUGGGACACGGUCACUCCCGAAGCCAAGAACUUGAUCAACCAGAUGCUGACCAUAAACCCAGCCAAGCGCAUCACCGCCGAUCAGGCACUUAAGCACCCAUGGGUGUGUCAACGAUCCACUGUGGCCUCUAUGAUGCACAGGCAAGAGACUGUGGAGUGCUUGAGAAAGUUCAACGCCAGAAGGAAGCUCAAGGGCGCAAUCCUCACAACCAUGCUGGUGUCUCGGAAUUUUUCAGUUGGCGGCAGGCAGAGCUCCGCUCCCGCUUCGGCCACCCUGAGCGCUGCUGCCGGCCUGGCUGAGCAAGCUGCCAAAAGCUUACUGAACAAGAAGUCAGAUGGCGUCAAGAAAAGGAAGUCCAGCUCCAGCGUGCAUUUGAUGCCACAGAGCAACAACAAAGCCAGUGUAGUAAGCCCGGGCAAAGACACCCCCUCAGUGCCGAUGGCCAUGGAACCACAAACUACCGUUGUCCACAAUGCUAAUGAUGGUGUGAAGGGUUCCACGGAGAGCUGUAACACCACCACUGAAGACGAGGACCUGAAGGCCCCCCCACUCUCCAUCGGGGACAGCGGUUCGAUGCUCGAAGGACGGAGUCACUCCGAGAGCAAACCCCAGACCGAAUCCCUCCAGUCCCAGCUUUCUCUCUGUUACUCAGCCACGACUGCCACACAGUCUUGUGAAGAGAAACUUCUUGCCUGGGACAGCCCAAGGCAAACGGUGGAGUUGGAUCGCGCUCAAUCGGAGCCUGACCUAACUCCAGUAGUUCCGUUUAUGCUUAACAGUCCACCAUUGCGCAAGCAAGAGAUCAUCAAGAUAACAGAGCAGCUGAUCGAAGCAAUCAAUAAUGGAGACUUCGAGGCUUACACGAAGAUCUGUGACCCAGGAUUGACUUCCUUUGAGCCGGAAGCGCUGGGGAACCUCGUGGAGGGGAUGGACUUUCACAAGUUUUACUUUGAAAACUUACUGUCCAAGAACAGCAAGCCAAUCCACACCACCAUCUUGAACCCCCACGUUCACGUCAUUGGCGACGACGCAGCCUGCAUCGCCUACAUCCGCCUGACACAGUACAUCGAUGGCCAAGGCCGGCCUCGCACCACGCAGUCGGAAGAGACCCGCGUCUGGCACCGCCGCGACGGCAAGUGGCUGAACGUCCAUUACCACUGUUCUGGGGCUCCAGCAGCUCCGCUCCAGUGAAGCUGAAACAUGGCUUUCGGAGAUACUCAGCGGGAGGGCAAUAUCUUCUCAGCAAGCAGCUCUGGAGUGCCUGGAUCACAGCGACGGUCACGUUUGUUUUGACGUCGAAAAAAAAUAAA